AGCCCAAAAGGCCCAAAUAUUAUUUCAGUUGGAGUAACUGUCCAACGGACCCCAUUAUUAAAUAACAACCAAAUAUUUCCCGCGAAAUUGCUUUCUCCUGAUUUCGUCUUCUUCGUUUGUAAUUGCAGAGCACGAAGGUUUUGUCCCAUGGCCAUGGCAUCCUCACUCCUCUCUCUCCUCCUCCUUCUCUCUCUCCUCCCUCUCUUCUCCUCCCUUCCUUCUGAAGCCAUCCUCGACGCUUCCGAGAUCCUCAAGGACUCCUCCUUCUCCUCCAUGGCCCUCACUCUCGAGCUCGCUUCCCACUCCCUCCUCCAGCAAUCCUCCUCCCUCACCAUCUUCGCCGCCACCGACUCCGCCUUCUCCCGCUCCGGCCAGCCCCCCCUCUCCCUCCUCCAGUACCACCUCCUCCCCCACGCCUUCUCCCUCGAAAGCCUCCGCUCUCUACCCUCCGGCGCCAAGAUCUCCACCAUGCUCCCCGGCCGCUUCCUCACCGUCACCACCUCCCCCUCUCACGCCCGGAUUUCCCUCAACAAUGUCACCGUCGGCGCCUCCCCGGUCUACGACGAUGGAUCUCUCGUCAUCUUCGGAAUCGAGAAGUUCUUCGAUCCAUUCUUCGAGAGUUCGGCCGUCGAUAGCAGGAGGAUCGUCAGGCCGGAUCUUGAAUGCGGCGAUUCCUCCUCGAUCCAGAGCGAUCCGGUCGGGGUUCUGGCGGCGGCGCUCAGAAACAGAGGGUGGUCGGUGAUGGCUUCUUUUCUCGAUCUGCAGUUUCUAGGGUUCCAUAGACAACCGGCGCUGACGGUUCUUGCUCCGACCGACGAUUCUUUGAUGAAUCGCGUGAGUAAUUUCACCGAUUGGCGCUCGAUCUUCCGCCGGCAUGUGGUUCCCUGCAAGCUCCGGUGGUCGGAUUUGGCGGAUUUCCCGGACGGAACUCGGUUGACAACUUAUCUGAAGGGGUUCAACAUCAAUGUGAAUCGAAGUGGUGGGGUUUUGAUGCUGAACGACAUGUCGGUUAUCUUUCCAGAUAUGUUCUACAGUGAGGGGAUUGUCGUUCAUGGCAUCGGGGGGAUUCUUGAGAUGCAAAAUGAAAUAAAAAGACGAGCAGAAUCUUCUUCUGAAGUGCCAUUCAAAACUGGGCCACCUCCAGAAUCUGAGAAGGCUGUAGCACAUUACCAUUUCUCUGUUUUCAGGUCAUGAAUUGUUUUUGAUAUUAUGAUCUUGCUAGGAAUUUGUAUCUGUUUGAUUCUGUUCUAAUCUCACUGUAUGAUAAUAUGAUUCUGGAUCAGAUUAUAUGGGAAAUUACUGAAAUUUCGGUUUCGACUCGA